GUGUGUUGUGGACUCGUGGUGCUGGCUGCCGCUGUUGAGGCGGCCUGGAACGGGCUGUGGGGAGCGGGCGGAGCUGGCCCUGCUUCUGUCUGGUCAGCGCCGCAGGCGGCGCGGGCCGUGCCCGCUGCCGUCAACUGCCCCAAGCGCCUGCUGAGGCCGAGGGAGACGUCGGGGCCUGCACCUGGAGAGAGCCUGCCGCGCUGGCCCGGAGGAGGGGGCGUUGCCAUGGCGACAGCCUCUCCGGCAGCUGACGGGGGGCGGGGGCGGCCCUGGGAAGGAGGGCUGGUCUCCUGGCCCCCUGCCCCUCCCCUUACGCUCCCUUGGACCUGGAUGGGCCCGAGCUGGGGGCAACACCCUGGGCAUUGGGGCUUUCCAGCUCUCACAGACCCUUCAGCGACUCCAGCUGCCAGUCUUGGCAUCUUCGAAGUAAGGAGAGUUUUAGAUGCCUCUGGAUGCUCAAUGCUAGCACCUUUACAGACUGGAGCAGCUCGAUUUUCUUCGUAUUUACUUUCAAGAGCAAGAAAAGUGCUGGGCUCCCACUUAUUUUCUCCCUGUGCUGUUCCGGAGUUCUGUUCCAUAUCCACCAGAAAGCUGGCGGCCCACGGCUUUGGCGCAUCAAUGGCGGCAAUGGUGCCCUUCCCUCCCCAGAGGUAUCACUACUUUUUAGUGCUGGACUUUGAGGCCACGUGCGACAAGCCACAGAUUCAUCCUCAGGAAAUCAUUGAGUUUCCCAUCCUGAAGUUAAAUGGCCGGACCAUGGAAAUCGAGUCUACCUUUCACAUGUAUGUCCAGCCUGUAGUCCACCCACAGCUUACCCCCUUCUGUACAGAGCUCACCGGGAUUAUUCAAGCCAUGGUGGAUGGCCAGCCAAGGCUGCAGCAAGUGCUGGAGAGGGUCGAUGAGUGGAUGGCGAAGGAAGGCCUCUUAGAUCCCAACGUCAAGUCAAUUUUUGUCACCUGCGGAGACUGGGACUUGAAAGUCAUGCUUCCAGGCCAGUGCCAUUAUUUAGGCUUGCCAGUGGCGGAUUACUUCAAGCAGUGGAUUAAUCUGAAAAAGAUACUGAAGUUAACCAAAGUGGUGAUUAUUUGGAAUAAAGCCUCACAGGGAAAGAUAUAGUCUAGAAGCUACAGGAAAGAAGAAUUUGAAGAUACCUGCAGAGUAUAUCCAGAAAAGAGUA